AUGCAGCACUACGGGGUGAACGGCUACUCCCUGCACGCCAUGAACUCGCUCAGCGCCAUGUACAACCUGCACCAGCAGGCGGCCCAGCAGGCCCAGCACGCCCCCGACUACCGGCCAUCGGUGCACGCGCUUACGCUGGCCGAGCGCCUGGCCGGCUGUACAUUUCAAGAUAUCAUCUUGGAGGCCCGCUAUGGCUCCCAGCACCGCAAACAGCGUCGCAGUCGCACGGCGUUCACGGCUCAGCAGCUGGAGGCCCUGGAGAAGACCUUCCAGAAGACUCACUAUCCAGACGUGGUGAUGCGUGAGAGGCUGGCCAUGUGCACCAACCUACCUGAGGCCCGGGUGCAGGUGUGGUUCAAGAACCGUCGGGCCAAGUUCCGGAAGAAGCAGCGCAGCCUGCAGAAAGAGCAGCUCCAGAAACAGAAGGAGGCUGAGGGCUCCCACGGGGAAGGCAAGACCGAGGCCCCACCUCCAGACACCCAGCUGGAGACUGAGCAGCCCCCCAGCCUGCCCGGCGGUGACCCCCCUGCUGAGCUUCACCUGAGCCUGUCAGAGCAAUCUGCCAGUGAGUCAGCCCCUGAGGACCAGCCGGACCGGGAGGAAGACCCCCGGGCAGGAGCCGAGGAUCCCAAAACUGAGAGAAGCCCUGGGGCUGAGAGCAAGGGGCUGGGCUGCAAGAGGGGCAGCCCCAAGGCAGAUUCGCCGGGCAGCCUGGCCCUGGCUCCCGCAGCCCCCGGGGGCGGCCUCCUGGGCCCCUCCCACUCCUACUCCUCCUCCCCGCUGAGCCUCUUCCGUCUGCAGGAGCAAUUCCGCCAGCACAUGGCCGCCACCAACAACCUGGUGCACUACUCGUCCUUCGAGGUGGGGGGUCCGGCCCCCGCGGCCGCCGCGGCCGCCGCCGCCGCCGCCGUGCCCUACCUGGGCGUCAACAUGGCCCCCCUGGGCUCACUGCACUGCCAGUCCUACUACCAGUCCCUGUCGGCGGCCGCCGCGGCCCACCAGGGCGUGUGGGGGUCCCCGCUGCUGCCGGCGCCCCCGGCAGGCCUGGCCCCGGCCUCGGCUGCCCUGAACAGUAAAACCACGAGCAUCGAGAACCUGCGGCUUCGGGCCAAGCAGCACGCCGCCUCCCUGGGACUCGAUACGCUGCCCAACUGA